AUGUUAUCGUGUGGAGCAAUUCAGCAUGGUUACGUUUAUGAUGCUAAUGACUCUGUCAUUGUAUUCGAACCUCGAAGGAGGAUAGUUAGAUUCACCAAGAAUGUUUAUAAGUGUGAAAUUGAGCUGUUAGGCAAUAAUACUGAUAUUGAUUCGAAUAAUCUAGAUUCUUAUAGUGGUAUCGGAAAACUGAUAUGCGAAUGUUAUGGCGUUUUUGGAGUUGUGCAAUUUUUACAAGGAGCAUAUUUAGUAGUAAUAACGGGAGCUGACUUGUGCGGCUGUAUAAACUAUGAACAUGAUGUAUAUACCAUAAGGUCGAAGAAACUGGUACCACUAUUCAAUGGAUCGGAAUCUACCAAUAGAUUGGAACAGUAUUAUUGUAAUAUGUUCAUGCAGUUCGAUGUAUCCACAAAUUUCUAUUUUAGCUACUCAUACAACUUGUGCAACAACCUUCAAUCAAAUUAUGCCUACCUCAGUUGUUCAAAAGCCGAUUCUCCAUGGUUGCAUAUGGAUCCAGGAGUGGUUACGCAAAAGUUCAGGUACAACUAUAUACAUGCAGAGAAAUUUGGUUUGAUAUUCACAAAGGAACUAGAGUAUCUAUGUUUGCGGGUUAUUCAUGGCUACUAUGGGCAGACUACCAUAAACUUAUCCGGAAGGUUAAUUAAUGGCUAUGUCAUAGCUAGACGCUCGCGAUUCUAUGCAGGCACUAGAUAUCGUAAGCGAGGUAUUACAGCAUCUGGGCACGUGGCAAAUGAUGUGGAGACUGAGCAAAUACUAGAGGACAAGGAGUGCACUGGUUCAAUAUACUCGUUCGUGCAGGUUCGAGGUUCAACUCCUGUAUUUUGGGCCCAGGAAAUUACAAAGACUACUGUGAAAAAACCACCUCUAACGUAUCCUCAAUGUGACCCAGCUUAUACAGCUCAACGGAAGCAUGUUUCCGAACUCGUUGCAUUAUAUGGAGUACCCUUAAUUAUGCUUAAUUUGCUAUCUGAUGACAAAGAAUCUGAUGAAGGGCUAUUGUCUUCGAAGUAUAAGUCUGUCAUAGAUGAGUUAAACAGGGAACUCCCUGAAAUGGUGCGUAUUUUAUAUCUACACAAGGAUAUAAGAGGUGCCUUGGAGACCGGUAAUGUAUCUCAAAUGAUAUCAGAACUGAUAGAACAUGUCUACAAAGAAGUUGGUCAAUUCCAUUUGCGAUAUGACUCUAUACAUAGCGUGCAGUCUGGCGUGUUAAGAACGAGUUGUUUGGACUGUCUUGACAGGACAAGUGUAGUAACUAUGCAACUAGGGCUUCAUGUAUUUCAAACGCAAUUAGCUUCAAUUGGAGUACAAAUACAUAAUGGUGAACGACAAGAUACUAGUUUAGCACUUCGAAAUGAAGAAAUAGACUUAACGCCGUCAAAUGAUGUAUUUCAUUUUAACCAGAGUUUGGAGCCACUAUUAGAACUUUUUAAGGCUAUGUUUGAAUCAAUGGGUGAUGCUUUGGCAAUGCAGUAUGCAGGAUCUAGGGCUAUAAGGAAAUAUCAAGGUGUCACUGGUGCCUUGAGCAGGUCACUGCAGUUAAUAACGACACUACGGCGCCGCUAUUCAAGCCAUUUCACAGAUGCCGAUAGGCAAAACUUAUCUAAUUUAUUUUUGGGUGUGCUUAACCCGGAUAAACACCCACCGCCGUGGUAUAUUGACGCCGACAAGUACAUCAGCCAUGAAAGGUUCAGUUGCGAAUUCGAUAAUUUAGAUUGGUGGGUGCUGCCUUUGAUAACCCAUUUAAAACGUAUAAUGAAGCUUAAACAUAUAUAUAGACCCUGGGUCCAGCUGUUCGAUGAAAAUGGAGAGUAUAAACUAUGGGUGGCCAUGGCGAAAUUAAUUGUUGCAAACCAGACAAGCCGUUGUAUAGGUAUUUAUGCCAAUGAAUGUUGUUACACAACUGAUGAAGAGGAUUGCAGUGAUAUUGUUAAUGUUGUAAUGCAUCCCGAGUUCUCUAUCAAAAAAGGUGCUCUCCUACCAAGUCAUCAUAAAGGUUAUGUUGAAUUUUCACGAUACAUGGCAUCUAAAACGGUGCAUAUUUCAAGAAUCGACACUGGCGAUACACCUUCAAGUGGAAGAACACCUAAUUACGGAAUGCACCUGGAAUCAUCAAACAUCGUGGAUCACUGUUACAUUAAUACGGAUUCCAUAAAUAACAUACGCAAGUCAUUCCACUACAGACAGCCAGAUAUGGAGCAUUAUCUAGCGUCUGUGGAGCCUUGGCGUAUUAAGGUGCAACAUUCUGUAUUUGCAAAAGCACCAUUUAUAAAAUCUAAUGAAGUUGACCGCAAUGCAUACAAUAAGUUUGUCAACUUGUAGUACCCAGCAACGAUAAUGUGGAC